CAGAGGAAUUACGUCGGACUUUACCGGAAUGAUAUAGUAGACUCGUCCAAUCAUCGUCUUCAAGAUCCGAGCCACGCGACUGGAUCAGACGAAGCGACGGCGGAGUGAUCAUGGCGCGCAAGUUGGACGGCAAGACGGCGGUGGGUGCCUGGGAGGGCGAGAACAUCUUGUCCAUUGCACAGUUCGGCAAGGAGAGCGCGCAGUACGUGCAAUCAACAGCAAUUGAUCCAUUUGCGUUGCUCACACGGAUGUUCUAAUUGACAGACGCGUGCUGAGCGUGGCCGAUGAGAUGAAGAAGAUGGUCAAGACGCAAGGCGCCAAUGACCUUCUUAAGGGCAAGCUCCUGGCCAAUGUGUUCAUGGAGCCGUCCACGCGCACGAGCAGCUCGUUCCAGGCUGCCAUGAAGCGUCUCGGCGGGCUCGUGGUGUGCGUCAAUGAGACCUCGUCCAGCAGUCAGAAGGGCGAGACGCUGCAUGACACCAUCCGCUGUCUUGAGUGCUACGCCGACGUAGUUGUUCUCCGUCACCCGAUCAAAGGCAGCGCUCUGGUAGCAGCCGAGGCUACCAAGAAGCCCGUACUCAACGCUGGAGACGGCGUCGGCGAGCACCCGACCCAGGCCAUGCUGGAUCUCUACACCAUUUACAGCGAACUAGGUGAUCUGGAGAACCUCAAGGGUAAGGUUGUCACCAUGGUCGGCGACCUUAAGUACGGCCGUACCGUGCACUCGCUGUCCAAGCUGCUGGCCAUGUACGGCACCACCUUCAACUACGUGUCACCCGAGAGCCUGAAAAUGCCGCGCUACGUGUACGAUGAGCUAGCUGCGCAGGGCAUUGAGCAGAACGAGACCACUGACCUGGAGUCGGUCAUCAACCAGACCGACGUGCUGUACGUAACACGCGUGCAGAAGGAACGCUUUGAGAACGAGGGCGACUACAACGCUGUGAAAGACAGCUUCCGCAUCACGCUGGACACCAUUAAGGACGCUAAGUCCAACAUGGUCAUCAUGCACCCGCUGCCUCGAGUUGGCGAGAUCGCUGAAGAGGUCGAUAAUGACCCGCGUGCUGCGUACUUCCGUCAGAUGGAGAACGGCAUGUAUGUACGUAUGGCUCUGCUUGCUCUCGUUCUGGGCAAGGCAUAAACGUCUCAAGGUGGCACCGGUAGUAAACCCAACGUCACGGCGGUAGUCUCAACUGGUUACACUAUGUAGUUCACGAAACUAUAGCGCCUCGGCGCAUACAUUUUUACACUGAUUAUCGGCCACAGCAUAGUGCAUUUGUACACUCGGCAGCAUUUUCGCAUCGAUACUCAACAGCAGCGUCGUAUGCCUCCACGUUCAGCCGAGAGCCCAAAAAGUAAGCGAGUUCUCUCACAAAAUGCUCGGCAUCUUCGUACAAAAACGGCGUGAGCGCUUGCUGCAGUUCGUCGU